GUGCGUUGUGCAAUCCGUCAGAUUCGAGAGAUCACGCGUCAUUUGUGUCACUGAUUGAGCCGCGCCUUCCAUUAAAACAUUUCGUCGUAGGCCGAGAUGAGGGAAUCCUGAAACAUGGGCUCGAAAAGACCUCUCCGCGUCGGAUAUUGGUGGAGCUCCAAGAAGAGCCUCAAAUUCAAAUACACGGAGUUCGCUGACGUCUGUCGGAAACGUGGCAUUGACCUCGUGAAGCUGGACCUGGAGCGCCCCCUGGAGGAGCAGGGCCCCCUGGAUGCCAUCGUGCACAAGCUGACCAACGUCAUGCUGGAGGCAGAGGCAGGGGACCCCUGGGCCCUAAACGCCUGCCGAAGAUUUCGGGAGUACGUGUCCUCUCGUCCUGACCUGGUGGUGGUGGACCCCCUGGACAAGGUGGAGGUGCUGCUCAACCGCUACAACCAGUACACCGCAGUGCAGGAGAACCGGAAUGGCCAAUCUGGGGAGGAGGAGGAGGAGGUGUUUGUGCCGGCGUUCGUGGAGCUACACUCGCGCGACGUGCGGGAGAACCUGUCCCGGAUGAGGGCCCGUGGGAUCCGCUUCCCCAUCGUGUGCAAGCCAUUGGUAGCCCAUGGGACACCUGUAGCACAUGAGAUGUGCCUGGUGUUCAACGAGGGGGGCCUGGGGGAUGUGAAGCCCCCCUGUGUGGUGCAAGAGUUCAUCAACCACAAUGCGGUGCUCCACAAGGUGUUCAUCAUCGAGGACAAGUACUUCGUCAAGCAGAGGCCCUCGCUCAAGAACUUCUACGCCAUGGAUCGCGAGACCAUCUUCUUCAACAGCCACCUGGUGUCCAAGGCCAACUCCUCUUCGGAACUCACAGAGCCCGACGAGGAGGAGUGCGAGGAGGGGCGGCGGUGGGCGGUGCGGGAGGAGCGGCUGGGGCGCAUCGCCACCUCCCUGGGGCGGCGCCUGGGGCUGGCGCUGCUGGGGGUGGACAUCAUCGUGGACCGGGAGACCGGGAGGCACGCCAUCAUCGACAUCAACCCCUUCCCCGGCUACGACGAGGUGGACGACUUCUUCGAGCUGCUCCUGGACGUCAUCGUCAGGAGGGCUUCGUGCUCUCCGGAGGCCCCGCAGGAGGACUCCGGCAUCGAGACCUCCGACUCCUGCGACGAGAAGAAGGCCGCGCCCUGCCGCACCACGAGGAGGCAGCACUCCAGGAACACGCAGCCCUGAGCGAAAUCGGUGCCCUCGCCAAAAUGACUGUUCCUCCAAAAAAAUGACUCUCAAAAAUGGGUACUUUCACGAAAUUGACAAAUCUGUCACUUCACGAAAACAACUUUAAGAAGUCAGUACCUUCACUGCAGUGACUUCAAACAAUCGACAUCUUCACAGUAAUGAUUUUAUAACAUCGGUACCCUUGCAAAAAUAAACUAAAUCCGGUACCUUUACAAAACUAGCUUUAAAAAUCGUUGCCUCCACGAUAAUGACUCUGAAAAAUGGGUACCGCCUCGGAAACAACUUUCAAAAAUCGGUACCAUCGUGGAAAUGACUUAAAGAAACCAGUACCUUCAGAAAAAUGACUUCAAAAAAUUAAUAUGUUCCAGAAAAUCUGCAACACAAUUUGGACGUGCAUAUCCCAU